AUGGUGAUCGCAAUUGGGUUUGAAGGUAGUGCCAAUAAAAUUGGUGUCGGAAUCGUUCGAGAUGGAGACGUGUUGGCCAACGAGCGUGAAACGUACAUCACACCACCCGGUGAAGGUUUCCUGCCAAAGGAAACGGCUCAGCACCAUCGUUCCCGCGUGCUGGACAUUCUGAGGCGUGCACUGGAUGUGUCGGGUAUAUCGCCCACGGAAAUAGAUGUUGUGUGCUACACUAAAGGACCCGGUAUGGCACCGCCCCUGCUGGCGGUGGCCAUAGUAGCUAGAACGGUAGCGCAAAUAUGGAAUAAACCCAUACUUGGUGUUAAUCACUGCAUCGGACAUAUUGAAAUGGGACGGCUUAUAACGAAGGCUGCUAACCCCACCGUACUGUACGUGAGCGGUGGCAACACGCAGAUCAUCUCGUACGCCUGUAAACGAUACCGCAUUUUUGGUGAAACGAUCGACAUUGCGAUCGGCAACUGUCUUGAUCGGUUUGCACGCAUUAUUCAUCUAUCGAACGACCCUAGCCCUGGGUACAAUAUCGAGCAGAUGGCGAAAAAAGGCAAAAAUUACGUACCAUUGCCAUAUUCGGUGAAAGGCAUGGACAUGAGUUUCUCGGGCAUACUGUCAUUUCUAGAGCAGAAGGCACGUCCAACAGAGAAGCAAAGAAAGACACAAACCAAAGCGAACCAGGAAAAAUGGUCCGAUGAAGAUCUGUGCUUCUCGCUACAGGAGACACUAUUCGCAAUGCUUGUAGAAACGACGGAACGUGCCAUGGCUCACACUGGUUCGAAGGAGGUGCUAAUAGUUGGGGGUGUUGGAUGCAAUGUACGACUGCAAGAGAUGAUGGCCAUUAUGUGCGAGGAGCGUGGUGCCAAGUUGUUCGCAACCGAUGAACGGUUCUGCAUCGACAACGGAGUGAUGAUAGCGCACGCUGGUUGGGAAAUGUUUCGCAGCGGAACACGCAUGGCGUGGAAUGAUUCGACUAUAACACAACGAUUCCGUACCGACGAGGUGGAAGUAACUUGGCGCGAUGAUUGA